AUGGAUUAUAUAGAAAAUCAAGGAGCUUAUGGUACUCCAACAGCAUCAAUAGAUUGGUGUGAAUUAAAUUAUACAUAUAGUCCAUAUAUUGCCGAAUUUUAUAAUACAUUUAGUAGUUUAAUUAUAAGUUUAUUUGGAAUUUAUGGAAUUUGGAUAAUGAUGCCAAAUUUUGGAACUGGUGUAGAGAAAGAGCAUAUAAAGAUAUUGAAACAGUUGGACGUACGUAAUAAAGUUAUACUUAGUUAUAUAUCAUUGAUAGUGGUUGGCGUUGGAAGUGCCUUUUAUCAUGCAACUUUGUUGUACCAAAAUCAACUAUUCGAUGAAUUGCCAAUGAUUUACACCGCAUUGAUUAUGCUAUACAUUAUGGUCACUGUUGGCGAAGAGAAAACCAAAAAAGGGUUCAAAGGCGGUGUUUUGGGCAACUCUUUACUUCGUCAUCUUUUACCAUACCUUUUAAUAGCAUAUGGCUUAUUUGUUACAAUCACAAUAUUGGUCAUCCAAGAUCAACCAAAAAUACUUCAAGUUUCAUUUGGUGCUUUGGUUUUCUACGUUGUAUUUCAUUCAAUUUAUUUAAUCAAUAAAAAGAAACCUGAUGGAAUGCCUUCAAAUCCUGAUUCUUAUUUAUAUAAAUAUGCUUUCGUUUCAAUGUUGGUUGGUUUUACAUGUUGGGUUGUUGAAAGAUAUUUCUGUAAAAAUGGAAAAACUUUUGGUUUCCAAUUACAUGCAUUUUGGCACUUUUUCACUGGUAUGUCAACUUAUGUUUGGACACAAUUCUUAAUUUGUAAACUUUUAGAAGCAAAACAUUAUUGUGUCGGAAUUAAGCAUACCCUUGGUUUACCAAGAAUUCACGCUAUUAAAAGAUUUUAA